CAUAUCUAACGGCGUGCUCACUGUAUCGUCAGGCUUGCCGCCUCGAGGAGCCUCAGGGACAAUUCUUGAGCGUGAAGGGGUAAAUAAGCGCCUCACGGACUAUUUUUAUCCCUAUCUCGAUCUCGGACUCUGGCUUGGUUGAGUUAUCCACCACCGAGCAUUCCCCUUGCCAGUGCCAGUGCGAGCGCGGUAGAGUUCAGCACCGCCCAAACACUCACAACUCCGGAACGGCGAGCCGUGAAGGACAAGUCUGUACGCGAUUUGAGUUGGGGAUCAGAGCAUAUUGAAGAGUACGAGAUGGUGCAAAGCUACAGCGCUACAGAAGAUGUGAGAGAGGUGGAGAGAGUGGAGGGUACAGGGGAGUCUGAGGGGAGUACGUUGUUGGGAGGUACCGUUUCACGGGGAGUGAGCGAGAGACCGGUAGAGAAGAGGCAAGGCCAUGCAACAUUGAUGAGCAGUGCUAGCAAUCUGGCGAAUACGAUCAUUGGCAGCGGAAUGCUCACAUUUCCCCUUGCCAUGGCUUCAGCUGGAAUCAUUCCUGGCAUGAUUACAUGUAUCUUCUCGGGAAGCGUAGCAGCAUUUGGUCUCUACCUCCUCUCCGCUUGCGCGCGCAAAGCGCCACAUCGCCGGGCGUCCUUCUUUGCCGUCGCGAACCUCACUUUCCCAAGGGCAGCCGUAUUUUUCGAUGCGGCGAUUGCGAUCAAGUGCUUCGGCGUUUCUAUCAGUUACCUCAUAAUUAUCAAGUCUCUGCUUCCGAAUGUUGUAGCGUCGUUAUACCACGAUCUCACGUCGCCAGAUACCAACCCACCAGCGUGGGCACUCGAUGGCCGAAAUUGGAUCACGCUCCUUAUGGUUAUACUCGUGCCGCUUGCGUUCCUCAGACGACUGGAUAGCCUUAGACAUACAAGCUAUAUUGCUCUGUUCUCCGUCGCCUACUUGGUCGUCAUUGUUAUUGUGUGUUAUUUCCACCCAGUCGAGGGCACGCCUGCACCGGGCGAAAUACACCUUAUUAAAUUCACGCCGAACUUCGUGUCGACGUUCCCGAUACAAGUAUUUGCAUUUACAUGUGCUCAGAACCUUUUCCCUAUUUUCAAUGAGGUCGUUACCAACUCUCAGCACCGUAUGAACAUCAUCAUUGGCUCGUCCAUCGGGUCUGCUACGUUAACCUAUGAAAUUAUCGCUCUAUUUGGAUAUCUAACAUUUGGUUCUAAUGUCGGUGCUAACAUCAUUGCUAUGUACCCAUCAACUUCCCUCUUCAUUGCAGUAGGACAGUUGGCCAUUGCAAUUCUUGUCAUGUUUUCUUAUCCGUUGCAAGUGCAUCCGUGCCGGAACUGCCUGGACAAGGUUUUUCACUUCGGGGCCGUGCCUGUGGAAGUGAAGCGUGUGGGUGAUGACGAGGAGCCUUAUGAAGAUGAGGACGAGCACGACGCAGGAGAUAUGACCCCCUUGAAACACACAGUAUUGACUGCUGCGAUCAUUGCGAGUGGGUUUACGAUUGCAUAUUUCGUGGAUGAUCUACAGAUGGUUCUAUCCUUUGUGGGAGCUACUGGGUCUACAACAAUCUCGUUCAUCUUGCCCGGGCUAUUUUACUGGAAGAUGACUCGAGAUGAUGCCGACUCAAGCAGACUCCUGAACUGUGCAGCGUUAGCGCUGGCGGUAUAUGGGACGUUCAUCCUUGUAUUCUGCUUAAGCUUCAACAUCUAUCAGGUGGUACACCCUGCUGCGACCGGAAAACUCGCACAUUGAAUUCCAUUAGCGUAAACAGAUGAUGUACGAUAUGACUGAAUAUACGGUGU